ACAAAUAGGUAGGGAAUGUGAAAAUCUCAAAAGCAGAGGGGAGUAUCUGCAAAGGUCAGGCAGUAGAGGGCUGAUAUGCAAAAAUAACUCUUAAACCGAUCGUCUCUCUUGCUCUGCCUCUCUCUCUGUCGCUUGUAUGUCUUCGCUAACCUGCGCCAGAUUGGCGACAUGGACCAUCGCGGCGGUCUUGUUGCAGGUCCUCGGGCUCUCCCUUUUCGCCCUAGGGUUUUUCCCCGUAAAGCCCACUCUCUCCGGUGUAAGUGGACCCGAGAGCUACCAAAUGCCGACAUGCGAUUCGACUCUCGAAGAUGGCAACAAAACAGCGCUACCACCCGAUCAUCUACGCUCUCUGUAUAAGGAGAUGUCUGGGAUACCUCCUUCAUUUGAUCGAUUGAUACUGAUGGUUGUUGAUGGCCUGCCAGCUGAAUUUGUGCUGGGAAAGGGAGAUCAGCCUCCAAGUAAGGCUAUGAUGGAAGCUAUGCCAUAUACUCAAUCUUUAUUAUCGAAUGGAAGGGCAGUUGGGUACCAUGCGAAAGCCGCACCUCCAACUGUGACUAUGCCUCGGCUAAAGGCAAUGGUUUCUGGGGCGAUUGGAGGUUUUUUGGAUGUGGCGUUCAAUUUUAACACGCAGGCUUUUCUAGACGACAAUCUUCUUGGUCAGUUCUGUAAGAUUGGUUGGAAAAUGGUGAUGCUUGGGGACGAGACGUGGAUUAAGUUGUUUCCAGGAUUAUUUAUGAGACAAGAUGGUGUUAGCAGUUUCUAUGUAAAAGAUACAGUAGAAGUGGAUCACAAUGUUUCUCGGCAUUUGGAAGUUGAGCUUGUCACUGCUGACUGGAAUCUUCUGAUUCUUCACUAUCUUGGCUUAGAUCAUGUUGGGCAUAUUGGUGGGCGUUAUAGUACCUUGAUGGCUCCAAAAUUGAAGGAGAUGGAUGAAGUUAUUAAGAAGAUUCACAUGAGCACAAUCUUGCAUCAAAACAAUCUUGAUAAGCGAACACUUCUGAUGAUAGUCAGCGAUCAUGGCAUGACUGAUAAUGGUAAUCAUGGGGGAUCUUCGUAUGAAGAAACUGACUCCUUGGCUCUGUUUAUUGGUCUGCAAUUCAAGGUCCCAGAUUCUGCACUGGCAACCCAUAAUAAUGCUCUUCAGGUAGACAUUGCACCAACAUUGGCUCUUCUCUUCGGCGUGCCUAUUCCAAAGAAUAAUGUCGGUGUUUUGAUUGCACGGGUCUUGGAUUCUUUGACAGAUGAGCAAUGGCUACGAGCAUUGGAAUUGAAUUCCUGGCAGUUACUAAGAUUGCUGCAAGCACAAAUACCUGGCUUAUUGUGUGGAAACUCUGCAUGCGAUGGUUUUCAUCAUGAAAAAUGUCUUGCAGUGAGUAGAUGCAAUGGUUGUAUCACAGAAAAGUUUUGUUGCCUAUAUUCAAAAGCAGUGGCUCUCCACAGCUCCUGGAAAUUUCAGUCUAAUAGUACUGAUGACCUUCGGACCACUAUUGCCGCAUAUUAUGAAUUUUUGACAACUUCCACCGAAUGGUUAUCACGAAGAGUCACUGAUAAGCCUCUCGUCUUACUUGCAUCCGGAAUUGCAAUAAUGCUUAUAUCAUGUGUGAUGCUGCUGAGUCUUCUAUUUCGGCUAUGUAGUGAGAUCUACCUGACACAGAUGCAAUGCCUUCCCAACUUAAAUGGCUGCACCAACAAGUGGCGUUUGGAUGAGGCAUUUGUUUUGAUUGCAGUUCUAAUUCAUGUUCUUAGUCUCGGUGCAAGCUCUAUGGUAGAGGAAGAGCAAUAUAUAUGGCAUUUUCUGACAUCUUCCUUGUUUUUGAUAUUUCUGCGAGUGGCACUUCAAUCCUUGCCGGUAGGACCAGCAUCAAGUUUAUGUAAUGAAGAUAAAGGAGAAAAGAGCUUUACCAUAUGUCAAUCAAGCAAAAACAGUAAAAAUAAUGACACCUAUUUUCAGGUAUGUCCCGUCAUUGUGGUUCUUAUUUGUGGAAGGAUUUUGAGAGGUUGGCAUCAAGGUGGUGUGAACUGGACUCAUCUUCCUGAUAUUUCGAAGUGGCUCGAGGAUGCUGGUAUUCUCGGCAUUAAAUCAUUCCAGAUAGCUUCAGUGUUCCUGGUUGUGAGCUUUGGCUCAUUCGCUCUUUUCUUAGUAAAAUCAAUGAGAAAUUUUGUUCUUGUAGUUCAGAUAGGUGUAUGGAUAUCAGCAUCAUUGGUGUUAUUUCAUAUUAUGGAAUAUGAGAAUCAUGCAGUCGUUAGCACUAAUUCAAUAGCUCAGAUCAUAUAUGCUACUGUUGGCAUGACAGUGAUGGGAACUGCAUUAGUAUCACCAUGGAUCACUCCUGUUUCAAAUAGGAUGCCUUACAAGAAUACCGAACCCGUUUCGACUUCUCUUCCCAUUGAUAUCAAAGUUGAGUCGCUUCUGGUGGGAAUAAGAGAUUCUGCAUACUUGAAUGGAAGGACAUAUAUAAUAUGUUGGUGUCUGCUCCAGCUACUUCUCCAGCAACCAAUAAAUGCAAUGCCCGUCUUGCUGCUUCUUUUGCAAAUUCUGGCUAGCAUGAAUUAUUUCUCGACUGAUGGAUCACAUCAUAAACAGUGGGUCGAGGUUGCCGCCAUGUACUUUUUGGGAAUGGCAGGUCAUUUUGGACUAGGCAACAGCAACACCUUAGCUACUGUUGACGUUGCUGGAGCAUUCAUAGGCAUCUCUAGUCGUUCUACGGUACUUGCUGGUGUCUUGGUAUUCAUGAUUACUUACGCAUCUCCUCUGUUGUUUCUUCUUGCUAUGACAAUGUACAUACCCAUGACGGAGAUGAAAUAUCUACGAGCGUCACGGAAUGAAGAUUUGGGUUGUCAUCUCCGGAUGAUGGUUGGGAUUCCUUGUCUUCUGCCCCUGGGCUUGAACUCGGUUGUGUUGACUGCAUUCACCAUCAUAUUGUUGCUUAUGAGGAACCAUCUGUUUGUUUGGAGUGUGUUCUCGCCAAAGUACCUGUACGUUUGCACUGCAACUGUGAGCAUCUACGUUGGGGUGUCCAUAAUAGCUGCAACGGGAGUCUAUACUCGCUCCAUCUUCUUCUUUAGGACAAAAAUGUUCAGUUUGAUGGAAGGGACUACCUAGUGGUGACUGAAAUGACAAGGCAACUCUUUUCAUGCUGGUCUUGACUUGCAAUGGAGAAGAAAAUGUUCUCAAGCUCAGUGUAUCGAUGUAUCUCAUUUUACUCUGAUCGGCAUAGCGAUAUACCUACCCGCACAGUUCAUGUGCAUGAGUAAAGCAGUGGGAAGUUUCCAAUCAUCUCCAGACUGCAAGUGGUCUAUCUUACAUGGUCUAAGAAAGAGGUAUUUCUUGAACUAAUGGAAUUCUGAUUUAUUUUUUAUUUUUUAUUUUUUUUUAAUUUUUUGUGUUCUUGUAAUUGGAAGAGGAAUGCUAUCUCUAGACACCCAUCUUCCCGUGCCAAACACGUGUUGACAGCACCUGCCGAUGUGGGGUGUGGAAUAUUCAUCAGGUGGUCCACCGUUUGAGUGUUCCCUUUUGCCCAAAAAUCCUGCUAGUAUACAUAUCAUGUGGGCUGCACAUUUAUGAAGAAGUAGACAAUUAGAAGAAUGAUUACCAACAGGCUACACAGUGCAUGUGUUGCUCACCUGAUGAGUGAGCUGACCUGUUUUCUGGAACAGGACGCCUCAUCUACUACCCGAUGAACAUCCUGUUCCUGCAUUGGCACAUGGUGUGUUUGUGUUUGGUGCUUGAAGAUGGGGUGUCUGGAAGCAAGGGAACCAUGCAAACAGUCCUUGUUCUCAUGUUUACUGAGCUUUCAGAUUUAAAGCAAGAUGCUGUGGAUCCAAACCAGCACUACAAAAUUAUUCUUUGGCAACAUCACCCAUUGGACAAAUGAUAUGAUUUUUCUGGUUCUCACUGUUGUUGUUGUUAUUAUUAUUAUUAUUAUUAUUAUUUUCGAUCCAGGCUUCUUGUCAGAAGCCCAUGGAGACCCGGGUCAUACCUAGGAGAGUAGGUGUCCAUGACCAGCUGUGCUAUUCAAGACUGACAUGGUAGAUCGUACUAGCUGUAAAAACUUCAAAGAGAAAAGCAUAUACAUUUUAGUCUCGGAUGGAGACAGGUGAUGAAUUGAAGAGAGAGUUUGUUGGCAUUGAUUUGUUCUUGUUAGAUUAGGAUUUUGCAGGAACUUGCACAAGUUGGGAGCCUAAGCUGCAUCGACCUGCGAAAUUAGGCGCUGUUAGGGGAAGGGCGGGAAUUAAACGGUGCUUACUUAAAAGUGAAAACAGCUUUGUUUCGGAAACCCUGUUUGGGGGAAUGGAGAAGGUCAAUCCAACCUGCUCCAAAAUGUGAGCUUGAUUCUUUAAAUAGAAACGAGCACAACGUCCAUUUUGUUUGCAUAUUAGUAACAUCCAAACAUGCCCUAGA